UCGGCGAAUUCGGCGACCCGAGCAAUCGGGGGCUGAGUAUAAAACAGAUGAUCGGCGUCGUUGCCAGCAUCAGUAGCUUAACUCCGCUCGAAUAUGAAGGUCGUCGCUCUGUUGCUCCUCGUGGUUGCCUGCGCCUUGGCAGAAGAUAAGUACACGACCAAGUACGACAAUGUCGACAUAGACUCGAUUUUGGCGAGCGACCGUCUGCUCAAGAACUAUGUGAACUGUUUGCUGGAUAAAGGAAGCUGCACGCCCGAUGGCAAGGAGCUCAAAGAGCACCUUCCGGAUGCGUUGAAGAACGAGUGUAGCAAGUGUAGCGAGAAACAAAGAAGGGGCAGCGAGAAGGUCAUCCGGUUUCUAGUCAACAAGAAACCAGAAAUCUGGGAGGAACUUAAGAAGAAAUACGAUCCCACUGGUGAAUAUUCUAUCAAGUACGAGGAAGAGGCGCAAAAGCAAGGAUUAAAAGUGUGAAUAAUUUACAUCCUUAUCUCAUUAUGUUAGAACGUCGAGAAAUCUGUGUUUUCUACAAAGUUUGAGUUAAAUAAACCCGUCAGUGUAUAACAUACAAUUUUUCA